GCGGAGCGAUCCGGGCGGGCUGUGAGGAGGUUUAUGAGGCACUGCUGGUGGCCGGGCAGGGCUCAGUGUGAGGCGAGCCGUAGAGCGGGCUGGUUGCUCGUGUGCCUCGUGCAGCCGUUAGGUUCCACCACACCCCACAGCCAGGCCGAGCCACCAUGGCUGACCAACUGACAGAAGAGCAGAUUGCAGAAUUCAAAGAAGCUUUUUCACUAUUUGACAAGGAUGGUGAUGGUACUAUAACUACAAAGGAGUUGGGGACAGUGAUGAGAUCGCUUGGUCAAAACCCCACAGAAGCAGAGCUACAGGAUAUGAUCAAUGAAGUAGAUGCUGAUGGCAAUGGCACAAUUGACUUUCCAGAGUUUCUGACAAUGAUGGCAAGAAAAAUGAAAGAUACAGAUAGCGAAGAAGAAAUUAGAGAAGCGUUCCGUGUGUUUGACAAGGAUGGUAAUGGUUACAUUAGUGCUGCAGAACUCCGUCAUGUGAUGACAAAUCUUGGGGAGAAGCUAACAGAUGAAGAAGUUGAUGAAAUGAUUAGGGAAGCAGACAUUGAUGGUGAUGGUCAAGUAAACUAUGAAGAGUUUGUACAAAUGAUGACAGCGAAGUGAAGACGUUGUACAGAAUGUGUUAAAUUUCUUGUACAAAAUUGUUUAUUUGCCUUUUCUCUGUUUGUAACUUAUCUGUAAAAGGUUUUUCCCUUACUGUCAAAAGAAUAUGCAUGUAUAGUAAUUAGAAGGCCAUUCCUCCAUGUUUUUCUCCUUUAUCUUACUGUCACUGUUCUGAUUUUUGGAAAAUUGAUCUAAGUAACAAAUGUUGCAUGUGGCUUACUCUGGAUAUUUAAGCCCUUCUGCACAUCUAAAGUUAGAUGGAGUUGGUUAACCGAGGGAACAUCUGGGCUGUUUGUUUGAGGAAAAAAAGUAGCUUUCUUUAGGAGACUUAGGUAUGACUAGUGUAACAAGUUACAUAAAGCAAGCUGGGUUUUACCAUGCAUUAGCAAUUCCUUAGUUAAAGCAAUGUGCUGGCUCUGGUUCUCCAGUGCAUAAGGGAGUUUGUUCUGCUUUCUGUGAUGGAGGAUAAGGACUCUCGCAGCUAACUGCAGGAUAAAACAAUGUGAAUAGUAUAUAUACAUGUGGCUAAUGCAGUGUAAAAAUCAUUCUCCUAGCUUACUUCACAGUAACUUGUUUGUGGCCAUACCUGUAACAUGUUGUUGAAAUGUGGAGUCUUAAUGUUGUGGACGAUUGACAGUCAACAAUAUGAAACUUAAGUUGCACUAAUGCAAAACGGGUGAUUUUAUCCAGGUACUCGUACACAAGUUUUUUUGUACUGCUGGUCCUGUACCAGAAACAUUUUCUCCUCUUGUUACUAUGCUUUUUAAACUUUGUUUAGCCACUUAUUUUCAAAAAAAUCUGCUUAUGGCACGAUUUUGCCUCAAAUCCAUUCCAAGUUGUAUAUUUGUUUUCCAAUAAAAAAAUUACAAUUUA